ACUCCUUGCGGGAUGAGAGGCUCCAGCAGUAUCUAAGGGAAAGAUCAUCUUGUAAAGUGAAACAAGAUCUCCUUGCCAAGUGGAGGAACAUGGCAACCAAAAGCAUCACAGGUGUCCUCCCAACUUAACCUGAACCUCAUUCACUGGAUUGUCUUUGAGUGACUUUGGGCUGUCUCCUUAAAUAAAAUCCACCCUCAUUGGAAAAAGGCUUGCUGCCAUUGACAGGAGUCAAAAGAAUAGGCUCUUGACUCUGAAGGAAGAUCCCAAGAUAUAAUUUAUUUCAACUCAUUUAAGAUGUCGGCAGUGAAGUUGGUUGGAAGCAGCUCGGACAUGGCAAAUAAUACCCUACCAAGAAAUCUAGACCAUAAUAAUCCACCAUUAAGGAGAAUCCAGACAUCAAGUGAAGUAAUGCAACGUAUGCAAGAUGCUUUGAGAGGAGACAUGAUGCGAGAAUUCCUGGCUGAAUUCAUGGGUACAUAUGUGAUGAUGAUAUUUGGUUUGGGAUCUGUUGCUCAGAAGGUUCUGGGGGGGGACGCUUUUGGGACAUAUCUCACUAUCAACUUGGGCUUCGGCUUUGGCACUACCAUGGGGAUCCAUGUGGCUGGAGGAAUCUCUGGAGCCCAUAUGAACUCAGCUAUUACCUUCACAAGCUGUGUUCUGGGUCAGAUGCCCUGGAAGAAGUUUCCUGUCUAUACAAUGGGACAGUGCUUUGGAUCCUUUUUAGCAGCAGCCACCAUAUAUGGCCUCUACUAUCAGGCACUCAUACGGUACACAGAUGGGAAUCUGACAGUAACUGGACCCCUGGCAACUGCAGGCAUCUUUGCUACUUAUCCUGCCUCCCACAUGACUCUGUGGAGGGGAUUCUUGGAUCAGAUAUUCCUAACUGGCUUGCUCCAGCUGUGCGUGUUGGCCAUCACUGACAAGAAGAACAGCCCAGCUCUGCAUGGGACCCACGCGCUGGUCAUAGGCAUCCUCGUAGUCGCCAUCGGCAUUUCCCUGGGCAUGAACACGGGGUACCCCAUCAACCCAGCCAGGGAUCUGCCCCCGAGGAUCUUCACAAGCAUAGCAGGCUGGGGCAAUGAAGUCUUCACAGCUGGAGAGAGCUGGUGGUGGGUCCCUGUGGUUGCCCCACCACUGGGGGCCCUCAUGGGUGGCAUCACCUACCUGAUCUUUGUUGGACCCAGCAACCGUCCUCAGCAGCGAAGUGUGGAGCAUAUCCUGCCUAAGCCUCGAGUCCUGCAGCCCAUGAAGCAGAAGGUCCCUUUCAGUAUUCUACCCCUGAGUCCCAAUCCUGCAACCCUGGACCCUUUUGGCCUGGAGAAAGUAUCUCAUAAUACCUUGGGGGUAUUGGGGACUGAAGGGUGGUCUCCCUUCCAGGGAAAUGUGCCACUUAGGAGAAGAGACUUAAGAAAGCAAAGCAUUAAAUAAUAAUCUUGGAUUUUUAAAAAAGGGAUUAAAGGAAUAAUCUGAGCCAAUUUCUCAACCUUUACCAGACAAAGGGUCAGCCAGAAUGUGUACCAAUACCUUCUUUAAAUCUCUAGUGGUGGGGGCAGCUGGGUAGCUCAGUGGAUUGAGAGUUAGGCCCAGAGACAGGAGUUCCUGGGUUCAAAUCUGGCCUCAGACACUUCCUAGCUGUAUGACCCUGAGGAAGUCACUUGACCCCCAUUGCCUAGCCCUUACCACUCUUCUGCCUUGGAGCCAAUACACAGUAUUGACUGCAAGACAGAAGGUGAGGGUUUUAAAAAAAAUCUCUAGUGAUGAAAUUUGGGGUACUGAGGGAGAAGCUUAAGGAAGAUAGAUCCUGGGAUCACAGAUUUAGAGUUUGAAGGGUGUAAGGGUCCUUUAGUUUCAACCCCUUUAUUUCAUAGACCCAGAGAGUUAGAGUGAUCUGGCCAAGGAGAUCAAAGUGGAAAAUGGAAACGUUAAUAGGUGGACCGCUUGUUUUGGAAACUCUGGGGACCUCGCCUUACAACUUGCUGGGAUAAUGGGGGGAGUUCACUGAAGGGGGGAGCAGGUGAUGGUUGAUAAACAGUAGAUACCUGAUGAGGAAGGAGUCCUUCCUCACCUAGCUGUGGGGAGGAGCCUGGGUCCAUGAUCCGGAAAGAUACCCUUGAAAGUCUCCAGAACUCUGAUCCAGCCAUAAUUCCAGAGGUCUGAGAUGAAGCAGGCUGCCCACUUCCUGUCAGAGGAGAAAUGACUCAAGGAUCAUGAGAACACCUUUUUUUUUUUUUGGACAUGGAUAUGAUUUGUUUUACUUGAUUAUACCUAGUUGUUACAAAGGCUGUGUUUUUCUUUUUUUUAAUUGGGAGAAUGCUGGAAGGGAAAAGAAAAAAAUACUUUUUUUAUUGAAAAAAUGUUUUUAACUUCUAAAUUUGGGGUCUUUUUUUUUUCAAACUUCUUCAAGUAGGGAUUUCUUCCUCUACACACACCCUCAUCCUCCUGAUGAAACAGUGUGAGCUAGAAGUCUAAGAAUGGCUGUGGCUAUUUGGCUGAGCCAAACAACUGGGGAAUUAAAUUAGUUACCUAAAAAACCCACCCAACCAUGUCCAAGUUUGAUUAACACAGUGGAAAAGGGCUAGAUUUGGACUUGAAGAUCUGGAGGAAAAUCCUGGCUUCAGUCAGUUGAUCCCCUCUCUGGGCUAUCUGUAAAAUGAAGGAAUUGGACUAGCCAGGCCCUUUUAUGAUCCUAGAAAUUCAUUUUUGGGUCCAUGGGAAGGGAUGCUGGUUCAUCUUGCCUCGUGUAGAGAAGCAGAAUCUAGUCACCCCCAUGUUUCAUGGGCGCUUUUCUCCCCACUGUUCUCGGGUGGGGAAGUAGACCCUUCUUAGCACCCAGGUCUUGUGUGUGUGUGUGAGUGUGCGUGUGAGUGUGAAGAACAAGAGCAGUAUAUAAAAAGAAUUGGAUGAACUGUUC